GCGUGCGCAGUGCACGCACCCGGGACUUUUCUCACAACGCUCCCCGCGUUGCGCUCCCGUGGACUCUCUGUCGCGCUGACAGCCCAGCUUCUCUCGACAUCACUUCCGGCACGUGGCCUCCCCGCUACGGGAGCAGGUAGGCGCGCUGGCCCUCAGGGGCCGCCCCCGAGCACGGCGGGCCCAGCCCGUCAGGCCGCCCCGGGCCGCUGCGUCUGGCCCAGCGCCGUGACAGCGCCCGGCGGCCCGCCCCGCCGCGGCCCCUCCGCUGCUGCCGCCGCCCUCCCGCCGGCGCCCAAGCAUGGCCGUCUUCGACACCCCCCAGGAGGCCUUCGGGGCCCUGCGCCCCGUCUGCGUGCAGCUGACCAGGGCACAGACCAUGGAGAACGUGGCGCGCCUGCAGGCCCACCUGGCAGCGGUCAGCACCUCGGCCCUGCAGGAGCUGCAGGAGUACGUCCUCUUCCCCCUGCGCUUUGCCCUGAAGGUGCCGGGGCCCAAGCAGGAACGGCUGGUGCAGAGCGUGGUGCAGUGCAUUUCCUCCGUCCUCGCAGCAACGUGCGUGAAGAAGCGGGAGCUCCUGCAGGAGCUUUUUUCUGAGCUCUGUACGUGCCUCUCUCCCCCUUCUAGCUCAAGCAAACCAGCUGCACGGUCAGAGGAGUUAAAGCUGGCUGUAAUCCAGGCACUCCACACCCUGAUGCAUUCAACUUACGGGGAUGUUAUCUUGUCUCUGUAUCAGCCUUCCACCCUUCCUCUCUUAGGAUUUGCUGUAUCUUUGCUUCUGGGCCUAGCAGAGCAAGAAAAAGCAAAGCAAAUUAAGAUCUCUGCUUUGAAGUGCUUACAGGUCCUAGUUCUGCAGUGUGACUGCCAGGGGCAUCGACACCUGGAUGAAGACGAGGCACAGCAAUGUGGAGAUUUGUUUGCUUCUUUUCUGCCUGGGAUUUCCAUUACGCUGUCUCGGGUUAUUACUGGAGACAUCAAACAAGGUCACAAACCCACUGUUUCUGCCAUCAGACUCUUUUAUCUGAUUGUUGGCUUGGUAAUGGCUGAUACACAGCUAGCCAGAAUCCCAAAGAAUAAAGAAAAGCUGCCAGUGGAACAAAGCAGAAUAUCAGAACUAAUGGUCCAUAGAGGACCUGACUGGAGUAAAAGUACUGCUGAAAAACUCUCUCUCCUCCUGCAUAAAAUGGUUGAAUUUUCUUCAGUUCACCCUCACUGGAAAGUGAGACUGGAGCUGGUGGAACUGGUCCACCACUUACUGAGGAACUGCAGUCAGUCGCUGGUGGGCUCAUUCAGUCAUCUUUUAAAGGCCUUGGUUGGGCUGGUGAAUGAUGAAAACAGCGAAGUCCAAAGCAGGUGUAAUGAGGUUCUGCAAGGCAUCGCGGAGCAGAGGGUGGUAGCACAGAACAGGGCUCUUGCUGAUGUCCUCUCAGAGAACCUCCAUUCCCUCGCCACAGCUCUUCCUCGCCUGAUGAAUUCUCAGGAUGACACGGGCAAAGUUUCCACUUUGAGCUUGUUGCUCGGCUAUCUGAAGCUGUUGGGACCCAAGAUUAACAUUGUCCUCAACUCCAUAUCCCACCUCCACCGCCUGUCCAAAGCGCUGAUGCAAGUUCUGGAGCUGGACGUGACAGAUGUGAAGAUAGUAGAAGACAGACGCUGGGGCUGCGAGAGCACGUGUGGACCUUCGGGCUCCUUGCAGCACGCUAUGCUGAAGGGCAGAUGUCAGAAGAAAUACUUCCGCUUCUUCACGGAGGAGAAAGUUUUUCAGCUCCUUCAGCAAGUUUGUCGUGUUCUUGGCUAUUAUGGGAACCUUUAUUUGCUUGUGGACCAUUUCAUGGGGCUGUACAGCGAAUCUGGCAUGUACCGAAAGCAGGCAGCAAUGGCCCUCAAUGAGCUGAUUGCAGGAGCUGCUGGACUGGGGGUAGAUGUCCUUCAGGAAAGGGAAGUGUUGCCGAACAUGGACGAUCUCAAAGGGUCCAUAAUGUCCAUUCUCGAUGAGUAUACAGACCAGGCAAACUGGUAUUUGAUCACUAGCAUUGAUACAGAAGAAAUCAUCCAUGAGCCCUCUGUGCAGCAUUCAGGACUUAGCGCCCAUCCAGGAGGCACGUGCAGCAGUGUUCUCCUUCCGUCUGCAGAGCCUCACGUAACAACUCACAUCAUGAACAGCAACAUCUGGCAGAUCUGCAUCCAGCUGGAAGGCGUCGGCUGCUUCGCUGCUGUCCUCGGGAAGGAGUUCCGGUUGCUUCUGCUGUCAGCUCUCUACCCUGUGUUGGAGAAGGCUGGUGACAAGACUCUGCUCAUCAGUGAGACAGCACUGGGGACACUGGUAGACAUAUGCGAGGCCUGUGGUUAUGACUCUGUGCAGUGUUUGAUUAAUGAGAAUUCAGACUAUCUGGUGAAUGGGAUUUCCCUGAAUUUGCGCCAGCUGGCACACCAGCCACAUGCUUCCCAGGUCCUGGACACGAUGCUGAGGCAUUCAGAUGCCAGCUUGCUGCCACUGGUAGAAGACGUUAUCCAAGAUGUGCUCUCUACGCUAGAUCAGUCUUACAAUAACCAGGCUUCCACUUUCCUCAGGGUCCUCCACUCAGUAAUGACAGCUUUAGUCCGGUGGUUUGGGUCAUCCUGCGGUGAGGAACACCAACAAAGGCAGACUGCCGAGUGGCGGAGCAGGACUUUGUCCCAGGGGCAGCAGGUGGUGACAAGGCAAGAAGUGGAACAAUUCUUCCUUGACUAUGUCAGACAGAAGCAGAUCGCGGAGGGCAAUCUUCCUGACACAGGGAAUGAGGAGGCAGAUGAGAUUCCCCCCCUUGCUAAGCCAGAGCCAAACUCUGACACAGAAGGAGAAACUCCACUGCCAAGCCAUGCUCAACUGGCCAAAGAUGUGAUGGAGAGGUGCAUCCACUUGCUGUCUGACGGGAACCUCCGAGUGCGGCUGAAGGUGCUGGACGUGCUGGAGCUCUGUGUAACUGUGCUGCAUCCUCAUGGAAACCAUCUGCUUCCCAUGGCUCAUCGUGUCUGGCCAGCACUCGUCACCCGGCUGAUUAGCGAUGACCCUCUGGCAGUGCUCAGAGCCUUCAAGGUGCUGUGUACCCUGGCUCAAAAGUGUGGGGACUUCCUGAGACAGAGAUUCUCCAAAGACGUCCUGCCUAAGCUGACCAGUUCCCUCCUCAGCCAAGCUCCAGCAAGUGCCAGAGCCGGGCCUGUGUACAACCACACGCUUGCCUUCAAGUUGCAGCUGGCUGUGUUGGAGGGACUGGGUUCUCUGUGCGAGAAGUUGGACAUGGGCGAGAAUGACCUGAAUAAAGUGGCAGAUGCCUGCCUGAUUUACCUCAGUGCCAAGCAACCCACAAAAUUGCAAGAAGCUGCCCAGAGUGUUUUCCUUCAUUUAAUGCACGUGGAUCCUGACAGCACCUGGCUCCUCCUGAACGAGGUCUGCUGCCCUCACCAGUACGAGCCCCCUCACAUCAGCCUGCGACCCGUGAAGCUAAGUGGGAUGGGGAGGCAGCGGAACGAAUUCACCGACAACGUGCUGCUCUUGCUGGAGAGGCUGAAGCAGCAGGAGAGCGCACCACCAUGGGCUGGCGCCCAAGAGGCAUCUCCUCCUUGACAGACCUAUGCCACGGCUGGGAGGGGAAAGAGGAACCACCGGGAUAGCGCUUACCUGGAAAAAUCCCAUCACUUAGGCCCAGAGUCAUUCCAGGGGCAAAGGGAGGACUGGCCAAGAAACCUGCCCCAGGGACAGAAGUUUAUUUUUUUAAACAGCGUUUGAGGAUGAGGUGGGUACAUCACCCCUAUUCCUCCAGACUUCUCUGCACAUGGUGCUGGAGAGAAGUCCAAGGGUCAUAGCACAUUUAUUUCAAGGACUUCCCAACACUCGAUGCUUGGGUGGUGCCCCUUCAGCACCCCCACGCACCCCUCUGACCUCCUCACAACUGUGAUAUUCCCUCUGUUCUCAGCUGGACAAUGACUGCCAGCUCAAAAUAAAAGCUUUUCCUAGCCUUAAGCCAUCCCAGGGACAGAAAAUAAAAACCUCUUCUUUUUAAAACCAGUUAGUAUCAGAAAAAGUUAAAAUGCAUUUCCAAUAAAUUCAUCACCAGUAUUACUGGCAAGAACACCACGUCCUCUUAGAGACAUCAAGGCUGUUCCUUAUAGGUUGCAGUUUGCUCAGACCAGCUGCUGAGACCAUCCGAAUGCCUUGUGCUCCCCAAUUCUCACCACUGAGUGAGAGAUUCUUUAGAAAAAUGGCCAGCCCUGAUUUACAACUUGCAAGUGAUUUAAGACUCCUCCUCGUUCCCAGAUUACCUGCCAUUCUCCUAGGCCAUUUUUUAGACCUCUCAGAUUUUUAACACCCACCCCAAGGAGAACUAGAUGAAGAAUUUACCCGUGCCCCAGUACAGCCUCCCAGGCGGGUGCAUACGUGGUCAGACGACGCAGGUGGUGACGUUAGGCCUACGUGCAGUGGUACCACGGCAGUGUCACGGUUUGCUUGAGCAAGUAUAGCACAAUGCAGUGCGCAGAGAGGACAUGAGUCUUUGGGGUCUGCUUGGUGCCCCUGCCAAAGGGCACACGGCACGGGCUCACUGCUCGCCUGGAAGCUGCUGUAGUGUGCUCCAGUUCCCAAGUCCUCCGGGCUCCAUCCCCAGAGACUGUGUGCAGGUGCUGCUUUACUUGGCUGCUUCCAGACCUCACCGUCUCCUGGAUUCAUCAGCUUCACCCAGAGCUACUUCUGGCAGCAGGCUGCCUCCCGACAGACACUUGUGAACGUUUUAUGCUAGUAAUGCAAAAGGACAGAUCUUGACUGUAAAUUUGGAAGCAAGCUCAGAAAUGCAAGAACCAAAGCAAUAAACUGAUUGUUACAUGGAA